UUUGACUGGUAGGGUUGUGGUGCCUGGCUCCAGCUCGUAGAACAUGACACUGGGGAGGAGGGUAAAUUUCACGAAUGUGAUAGCCUUGAUUUAUUUAUCUGUCACGCGUUGUAUAGUGAAACUUUAAACCCACUGUGUAAAAUAAUAUGUCAGUGCGCAAAUGCUGAGACGUAAAUAUUUUGACAAAUACCCUUGAAUAAAGGUUUGGUGAGGUUAUAGUGCAAGCACAAUGAUUGCGGCUGCAACAGCAAGUGGUUUGGAACACCACCAAGCAGCAGAGCGCCAGGCACUCAUGUCUGAACUGCUGGAAGCUGUCAAGAGAUGCCAGGUGAGAUUUGGUGGACGUGCUGAGCUGGCCACUGAAUCUGAUCCUUGUGUAGCUCUUCUCUGCCACAGGAUGGAAGCAGCUCUUUCUCAUGGGUUACGGUCCCGUGCCAUUUCUAAAACAAGCUCUGCUUUUAGGCACAUGACUGAGAUUGUAUCAACUAGCCUUCACAUAGGCAGAGGAGGUGCACAAGACCAAUUAGUUUUGUGGCAUUACAUACGUGAACACCUGACUCGCCACGAGUACGAGAGGUACACAGCACUACACAAUGUGACUACCGAUGUGGGGCGAGGUCGAGCAUGGCUGCGGGCAGCCUUGAAUGAACGCUCCCUGGAGCGCUACCUACACAUUCUGCUAUCUAGUCCCCAGCUGCUGCAAGCAUUCUACGAAGACUGGGCAUUACUGUUGGAUCAAGAAAUGAGCAGCACUCUGCCCACUAUGGCAGCAGGUCUCGGGUCAAUACUAUUUGCAAUCAGUAUAGAUAAUAGUGAUCUGAAUGGUGGUACUGCUACAAUGGAGACGGAGUCAGUAGGAACACCUUUGAGUCGCAGUGAACCAGUUAUCCCACCUGUAACUAUCUGUGUUACAGAUGCUGAAAGUAAAAAGAAAAAAGAUCAACGAAGACGAAAAAGGGUUCCAGCACAGAUUGUAAACUUUGAUGAUGAACCGUCAGAAAGUGAAACUGCUGGAUCUCCAGCAGACUCUGAAUGCUCUACUGCACCGAAGGUAUCCAUUGAAUCUGCUGAAACUGAAGAAAGACAGCAAAAUUUCUCUAGAGUUGAGCAGGCGGCUGAGGAAGUUGGCGUGGAUGCUGCUGCAGCCAGCCUGACGGCGUGUAGCAGACCAUAUGAUCUCACACUGCCCUCCUCUGCUGGGAGAAGGAGUGGUAGCCCACCCAGGAGACAUGCCCCCCAGACUUUGACUCCUGUGAACAAUGUGAAUGUCGGAGAACUCAUCCCAGUGUCCCAAGGUGUUGCUAGUGAAGAACCACAUUCUGAGGAUGACUCGCUUUCUGUGCCCAGUUAUUCUGAGGACACUGACCGAGCUGCUGCAGCUCUUCUGGCCACACAGAAGCUAUUGCAGUCAAAUCUAGUGGACAUGUCCCCACAUGAACUGACAUCCUCUAGAAGUACCCAAGACAGCCAUGGUCACUACCAAGUUAAUGGUGAAGUUCGUGAGGCACUGUUCACUGUGCUAGCCUUGAAAGAAGAGUUGCAGGCAGAGUCGAGAUCACUGAAGAAGCUGGUGGAGCAGAUGCAAGAAACAAAUACACAUCUGCAAGCUGAAAUGUCAGAGAAACAAAGGCAGCACACUGAAAAGACGGAGAGACUGGAGGCUCGCAUACAAGCUCUUGCUAGGGAGAAUGAACUCCUAAAACACCAGCUCCGCAAAUAUGUUGGUGCAGUGCAAAUGCUGAAACGGGAUGGCAUGCAAGCAUAUGAAGCACUUGCAAGUCUUGAAGGGCAGCAGUCUCGGCCUGUUGAUCCAGCUGACUACCAUCAUGAAGCUCAGGAGUAUGAGAAGAAACUUAUACAGGUGGCAGAGAUGCAUGGUGAGCUGAUGGAAUUCAACGAUCGCCUGCAUCGUCAGCUGCAGUCAAAGGAGGCAGCAUUGCGACGUCUGAGGGAGGAGUUAGUGGAUUUGCGAGGACCGCUGCCAGAUGAUGCACAUACAUCGGAUGAAGAUGCAGCAUCUGUCACCUCAGACUAUGAUGUUAGCUCAUUAGGUGCUGCAGCACGUGCACUUGUAAAUAUAUGGAUUCCUUCCGCAUUCCUCACCGGAGGUUCUUCAGAUGUCCACCAUGUUUAUCAGGUAUUUGUUCGUAUCAGAGAUGAUGAAUGGAAUAUAUACAGGCGAUAUGCCCAGUUCUACAGUCUCCAUAAGCAGUUGAAGAAACAAGAUGCUGUCUUCACUACUUUUGAUUUUCCUCCCAAGAAGACUCUUGGAAACAAAGAUUCCAGAUUUGUUGAAGAGAGACGAAGACGUUUGCAGCACUAUCUGCGUUGUGUGGUUAAUCACCUUGUGCAGACCAACAAUGAAAUGGCCACAUCUCCAGACAAGGAUCUUCUUGUGUCCCUUGUCCCCUUCUUUGGAGAUUCAUUUGCGGCUCCAGAUGACAGAAGCAACUCUCACAAGAAGGGCACAAGUUCUUGCUCUCGCAGCUUGUUUUCACGCUUGGGGCGAAGUGCAGAAACUCGUGCAGCUGAGAACACUCCACAGUACACUGGUCUUUAACUGUGGACUUUGUGAGCCAAACUAUAUUUGUGAGGUGCAAUGUUUGGUGCCAAAAAUUGUUUACUCAGGUAUUAACAGACACUGUACAGCUGUGACUUAUUUCCAAGAAAUUUUAUGGUUUUCAUAUUGCAUAUUCCUCAGGGAAAAAGAAUCCUUUAUCUUAAGUGAUUUGUGUGUGUAAAUAUUGUAUAACAAAAUUAUACCAGGCAACACUAUUCAUGAGGCAGCUGACGUGUGUUCGUUAUUUGAUAUGAUUCAAUAUAAAAUAUUUUUUUUACAUGCAAUGGAAAUAGUGUUUUGUAUCAAUAUCUGCUUGGUUCAUAAUGGGUUUACCUUUUUAUAUUUUAAAAAUGUAGCCCAGAGCAGCAUAUACUAUGCCAUGAAUGUUUAAAGACCUGUGCAGUUCAUAAGUAUUUAUGAUCUUAAAAGUGCAAAUUAUAGAUGUACAACAUAGUGGCAUAUUCCUUUAGUCUAAGGAAUAACUGAAGUAGUGUGUUGAUCUUACUUCAUGUUUCUGAUAAGAAACAGUAACACAUUCCAUGAGUAUCACUGUUAAUAUAAUGUUUUAUUACCUAGUCUUUCUCCUUCAGUAAAACAGGAAUCUUUGUUCUUGAUUAUUUUGUGGCAAUUUCAUGGGUAAACUCUUAAUUAUGUUUGUACUAGCAGACAACAAUUGUACUGUGUUCCUUGAAUGAUAAAAAUGUCUAAUGUUGUCUGGUGGUGUAAUUGAGAGGCAGUGAAAUGUCUAGAAUGGCUUUAAGCAACCUGUGAUAGUAAACACUAUAGAUUUCUUUUUUCCUUUGUUGAUGUAUUUUAUUUAAAAUUUUAUCAGUUCUUCUUUGGAAGGACUUAAGGAAUAAUAAGCAGAGCAGUUAUAACUAAUCAUGAAGCACAUUUAUUUAUAUUUCUCUAAAUAUGUAGCUUAUUGAUUAGCUAUACCUAAUACUGUGCACUUUUGUGUGUAUAUAUUGUUAAGUUGUUUAAUUAGAUCUGAAUUAUGAUUGGAAAAUAUUUUCCUUGAUGAAAAAAAAACUUUUUUUUCAUAGAAACACUCUAUAUGUUCCUUUAUUGAGGAAUGGAUCACUGUCAUAUUCUGAUAGAACUUAAGACAAAUAUAGGACAAUAUAUUAUACCAAAUUUGUGGAAGUGCAUUACAGUUGUUACAGUAUUAUUUUUAUAAUUAUUAAUUCUUGCUGUAACUAUAAAAUUUACCUGGCUAUCAGUGUUCUUUGUCAGUAUUUCAAUGCUCCAAAUGACAUGUAAUAAACAAGAUCUGGAGAAAAGACAGAAAAAGAUUUUCUCACAUUAAAAAAAAAACUGGAAA